AUGUUCUAUGGACCAGGAGGGCCAUAUGAUUUGUUUGCAGCGAAAGACGCAAGCCGAGCUCUUGCGAUGAUGUCAUUUGAAAAGAAAGACUUGACUUGGGAUGUCUCUGCUCUCGGUCCUUCUGAGCUACAAUCUCUUCAAGACCGGGAGUACAAGUUCAUGAACAAGUAUGCCAAGGUUGGUACUGUCAAAGUGACCGGUUCUGAAGACCCUUGUGGAUAA